AUGGCAGAAGUGAGCUCAAGUGUUAAGACUCCUCUAAUUCCAAACCAAGAAAGAAGCCAUGAAUUAGAGGGUGCAACCAUAUCCCAACAAGGAUUUAGAAGAGGGGAUUUUGUUAAUGAAGCAAAAUUGCAACUCUGGCUAGCCGGGCCUCUUAUUGCAGUUAGCUUGUUGCAGUACAGUUUACAAGUCACAUCAGUCAUGUAUGUUGGUCAUCUUGGAGAGUUGGCACUUUCUAGUGCUUCCAUGGCCUCUUCCUUUGCUUCAGUCACAGGAUUCAGUGUCUUGUUGGGAAUGGGAAGUGCAUUAGAGACACUAUGCGGACAAGCCUAUGGAGCCAAACAGUACAACAUGCUUGGAGUACACAUGCAAAGAGCAAUGCUAACAUUAUUAGUAGUAAGCAUUCCCCUGGCGCUCAUUUGGUUUUACACAAGCACCAUUCUCAUGGCUCUAGGCCAAGACCACGAGAUAUCGACUGAAGCAGGAACUUUCAACCAGUGGAUGAUUCCAAGCCUCUUUGCCUUUAGCCUCCUUCAAUGCCUCAAUAGAUUUUUACAGACACAGAACAAUGUGUUUCCAAUGAUGAUAAGCUCUGGCAUCACAGCUUUUCUUCAUAUUAUGGUUUGUUGGGCCCUUUGUUUUAAAUUUGGACUAGGAAACAAAGGCGCAGCGUUGGCGAUUAGCAUUUCGAAUUGGUUUAAUGUGUUGUUAUUGGCAAGUUAUGUGAAGUUCUCGUCGGCCUGCAAGAACACUUGGACAGGAUUUUCGGAAGAGGCAUUGCAUGACAUUUUCAGCUUUAUCAAACUUGCCAUUCCAUCAGCUAUAAUGAUUUGCAGCUUCGAAUAUUGGUCCUUCGAAAUGGUUGUUCUCUUAUCUGGUCUUCUACCAAACCCAAAACUAGAAACAUCUGUGUUAUCAAUAAGCCUUAACACAUGUUGGAUGGUCUAUAUGAUAUCAGUUGGUCUUGGCAGUGCAAUAAGCACAAGAGUGUCAAAUGAAUUGGGUGCCGGACGACCACAAGGUGCCCAAUUAGCCCUAAGAGUCAUGACCAUAAUGGCUUUAUCAGAGGGUGCUGCCAUAGCAACAGCUACAGUUUUGGUACGCUAUGUUUGGGGAAAGCUCUACAGCAACGAGAAUGAAGUGAUCAUAUAUGUUGCUAAAAUGAUGCCACUGCUUGCACUAUCUGACUUCUUGGAUGGAUUUCAAUGUGUGCUUUCAGGAGCUGCCAGAGGCUGUGGAUGGCAAAAUCUUUGUGUACUCAUAAACCUUGGCGCUUACUAUGUCGUGGGAAUUCCUACUGCUGUGCUGUUUGCUUUCAUCCUCCGUAUUGGAGGUAUGGGGCUUUGGAUGGGAAUCAUUUGUGGACUUUUUGUUCAAGUUACAGCCCUUGUUGCGGUAAAUGUGUGUACUGAUUGGGAUGAGGAGGCAACGAAAGCUGCAAAUAGAGUUCAAAAUACAGUCUUAGUCAUUGACAAGGCAACAUAGGUUUGUUUAUGAAACAGUAAGGUCAGUAAAUCACGGUUCAUUGGGAAAACAGUUCUGCAUAGAGUCGAACUCUGCCAUUGACCUACAAUUGAUGAGCUCCAACCAAAGUGACUUCUACCCGGAUUCCCUUAUUCAGGGUUGCAAGGAUUUUCUCAAAGGAUCGUGAAGUUAUCAGCAAUCACGUCUACCACCAGAGUAUAGUUUGUGUGGGUUAGGUGGCUAGUGUUAGAGAGCAAAACAUAUCACUGCACACGUUUCCAGGACUGCCAAUAUUUGCAUUCCAUUUUCUAUUCCAUUUCCAGAGCCCUCAUUCCAUGCCACCCAAUACAUGAUUAUAUCAUUUCCAUAAGAACGAUGUGCACUAG